UUUACUCUUGGCUUUUUAUUUAGGGUGUUAAAGGCAGUCAAAUGUUUAGACCAGAAUUGUAGCGGUCAAAUUGGAAAUGAAGGGGUAAUUAUGUUUGUAAUUCAUCCAUACUUAACCCUUUAACUCCCAAGAUCUCAUUGAUAACUCUCCUUACUGUCUUUCAUACAGUUCUUGUGAUGUUAGUGUGGAGAAUUUAGUAUUGGAUCAACUUAUACCCCCCUAAUUGAUAUAAUUGUUCUUUAUUCUCAUCACUUGUCUGCUUGAUAUUGUAUUGAUAUUGUAUGGAGAAAUUUUGUCUUGGUCACUUAUGGGAGUUAAAAGGUUAAGCAUUAUUUUAAACUUAUAAAUAAAUGCAUUUUUCGUAGUUAAUAAGAGCACAUACAAUUUCAUCUUCAGUUAGGAAAAAUAAAUAUCAUGGACAAAUAAAGUAUACUUAAAUGAUGAUGGACAUCUAGUUUCAUUAUCAAGUGACUAAAGAGAUAUGUAGUUUUAUUUUUAAUGAAUUGAAUGAAAUGAGACAAUAGGUCAAGUUUUAAGAUACAAGUGUUAGGCUGGGGUAUGUUGUGGAAAUGAUGAUGUGCAUAAUCACUAUAGCCAUUAGAGGGAAGAAGCAUUUCUGAUUACCAGUUCUGAUAUUUGAAUUAUUAUAAUGAAAUAGACAAACCCCCAUAAAAUCUAAAUGUUAAGUGUACAAGUAAGAUGGAGAAUUCUGUGUAAUAAUGAAAUUUAUAUGUACUGCUUUAUAAAUUUAACUAUGUGCAUGGGAUUUUAGGUCCUCCCAAGAUAUCUGUAUUUAAAUGUUGUAGUCAUAUUUGUAAAAGUUUGAAAAUUUGUGUGCCAUAAGACUGUGAUGUUGUGAUUUGUAAGAAUUAUUUGGUGGUCAAGUUGAAUUGGUCCCUGCAGCAAAGUGAAGGAGCUUAAGUAGUUGGUCUGUAAUGGCAAAAGUCCUAAAAUAUCUCAGGCAAGAUUUAUCUCAAGAAAUUAAAAUGUCAUGUCUCUUUGAACAAGUACCUGUGCUCUAAUAGGUGCCUUCCCCUAAAUAAGUGCACAAUUCCCCUUGGCCAUACUAACAAACAAAUUUCCCUCUUCAAUAAGCACAGGCCCCUCCUCCCUCAAUUCUUUUAAGUCGCAGGGAUACAAGGAAAACCUGUUUCUAAUUAAUUGCCACUUUAUUUACAACUUUUUGAGCUUCAACCAUAGUGGAAUCAAUUUCCAUCCCAGUUAUUUUUUUCUCCGUGUACUCGCAGAAUUCCUCUAUAAGCAUUAUCUUUUCUUUAUUUUUUGUCAAAUUGCUGUGUUAACUUAAUAAGCACCCUUUUGAUUAAGCACCUUCUUCCUAUAUUAGCCCCCUCCUUUUAGGGGAGAUUUUAAAUAUGCCCCUGGAUACUUCUGGAAGGAAAUACAAUGGCCUGAAUUUUCUUGCUCACUAUAAGUUGCAGAGAUUAUUAAUAGUGAUUGAAACUUAAGUUCCAGAUCUGUUCCCCUCAAUUUUUUCAUACUCUUUUAUUUUUCUCAUCUGAUUUCAAAAUUCAUUUUUACAUUUAUUGAUGUGUAACCAAUAUGCCAUAGUGACAUUAAAAAAAAAAAUGACUUCCAGUUUGUUGUAGAAACAAUUUUUGGUCACACAUUUAUUUCUAACCAUGUUAAAUUAAAUGAUAUGUACUAAUUCAUGUAAUGGUCCUCAUCUGAAGUUACUUAACUCGGGUGGAAAUAGAUGUAUUUCUGACAGAAUUCUUAUGGGUUCAGUACAGGUAACGGUCCUUUACUAAUUAAAGAAAUCAAAGUCGGAUCAAGGGAACAAAAGAUGUAUCAGGGAUGUAGCUAAAGUUUUUAACAGGUGGGAAUCUUGCAAUGAUAGGCGGGUAUUUGGGCGGAAGGCCCACUCUAGCGUGCCUUUGGCACGCUACACCUAGAAUUGAAGGUGGGUGUAAACAAAUGAAAUAAAUAAAUAACAAUCUUCUGACAACAUUUGGAAACAUUUUGGAGAAAGAAGUAGUGCUUCACAGCUGGAAAAAUUGAGUUCACAGCCGGGUAAUUUUCCUGGCUUCUGGCUAUUAUCUACAUCCCUGAUGUAUAUGUAUGUUGGUAAUGUAAUUACAUAUUAGGAGGUAACAUAGGAACUAACAUACAUUGUGUGUAUCUAUAGAAGUGGCUUCAUAAUGUUGAUAUUAUGUAACCUAAAUUAAAAAAUUGUCCUCACAGGGAUCACAAUAAAUACAUAAUUUCUUGUAUCCUAAAAUGUCUGCAUACUUGAAUGACAAGUGCCAUCUCAUUCUUUUAAGGGAGAUUAUGUUUGCUUGUGUAACUUCAUUUGUUAAUGUACUACUUGGUUGGUUCAGCUGGAAAAUUGAGAAUAUUAUGCAAGUUCACAUUUUUUUUUGUUUCUAUGGACAGUAUUUUCGUGACAUUCACACAAGAAGAGAAAUACUGCAAAUUAUUACACCAUGCUUGAAUAAAGAUACUGGUUGUGAUUGGAUUGGUGAAGUCAGAUCUGCUGAGGUAAGAGUAAAGAGAUUACUUUUAAUACCUUGUAGCUGUAAAUGAUAUGAUAAAUCAAGUUGCUUGAUAUAUUCCCUGGUUGCAUGUGUUUGACUUUUCUAUUUCUUGAAGUCAAAUAACAUUAUGGUUUAAAAUGUAAUAAUUAAUCACCAAAUUUGCAUGUCUUGGGGGCCUAUUAAAGAAAAGAAGGAUAAAUGAAAAUUUGAUGGAAGAUCUGAAGGAAAGGUGGGUGGGACUAAUUGUAUGAUGGUAUUUACAUCUAUAGCACAUCAAAUACAUGUGUCCUAUGCACAAAUAAUAUUAUGUUUAUUUAUUCAACAUUUCACAGAUAAUGUAUUUUCUUAUAGUACACGCAGUUUGUUAUCUUAAAGACAUCACUUUUAGCCCCAUGCUGGUUCUGGAAGUAGUUCAGAUUCAAGUCACUUGGGCUUGGAGGAUCAAGCUGAAUUAGGCCUGAUCAGAUUGGGUCACUUUUUAUUUUUAACUCUGUCAACUAAGACUGAGGCAACUCAGAGAUCAUUUGGGUCCUGAAUUUAUAUAUUUUUUUGCAUGAAGUUUACGCUACAUUUAAAUUUUGGUGUUAUUUGAUCUGUUCAUAGGACCAUUAUAAAGAGUGUGAGUGUAGGCCAGUGACAUGUGUCAAUUCUGGCUGCAAUAAAGACAUACCACUUAGGACAUUAGCCAAGCACCAAGAGGAGGAAUGUCCUUUUAGAGACGUGGUUUGCAACUUCUGCUAUAAGUCAAUAAAGUGGGCUGAUCAAGCAGUAAGUAAAUGCUGGAAGCUUCAUUUAAAAUCAAGUAAUUAGUAAGUCAGAGCUAAUGUAUAAAAUUUAAAUAUAUCCAAGAAACCUGCUUGUUUGGGGAACCUUUGCUCAUGAUGAUACCCAGAGGCAACAACAUGUUAUUUAGCUUCUGCAUCAAUUAAGACUGAAAGGGCUUUCAUUGUUUUAUAAUGCAGAUCUAGUCCAAAAGAGUAUAACCUAAGAGAAACGUACAAGAGGAAAUUAUAACAUAAUUUAUACAUCCAAUAGGAUACUUAGUAAACUUAUUGACUGACUUCCAUAACAUGUAGCUUUCACUGUGAUUGAGUCAUUGUAUGGUUAUACUAUUAACAUUCAUUACAUUAUAGAACCAUAGUGAAAGCUGUGAAAACCUACAUGUUACUUGUGGAAAUUGUGGGAAAGAGAACAUUCAAUUGUGUGAGGUAAAGACUUCAACCACAUGAAUGCAAUUAUUAUAUUACAGUUACAUAUUACUAUUACUAUAUUUUUUAUGAGGGGAGGGGGGGGGAUUAAUUAUCACAAUUUUAAUUGAGAGCUAUUCACCGAAGUGGAGGUGGGUAUAAAAGGUGGAUAUUUACCUAACUGCGAGGCGACAAGUUACUUAUACAAUGCUUUCAAUGAGAUUUGAACCCAGGGGGAGGGCGACAGUUACAGUAUUGUGCAAAAGUAACGCAAACGAACUUCGACGAAUUUCCUGGCUUUUUGAGGAAAUUUCGCUGCGAAAGAACUUUCCGAGAACGAAAUUACGAACGAUAUUUCGCUGUGGACGCUACUGAGUUGCGAACUCUAGUGGGAAAGUUCGCUCUUCUCGAAAGUUCGGUGCGAAAUUUCGAGAGAAAAUUCGCUCUACUUAUUACAGCGAAGUGUAGUCCAUGUAUUGUUGUAAUGCAUUGGAAAAAAAUUCGAAUCAAAAUCAGUGUCAUCCACUCAAGUAACUAUUCUAUCGCUCCUUCCUGUUAAAACCUCAACGAAUGUUCGAUUGUUGAUGUGAUCCGAACAGCCAGGUGUUCGAGUCUAAGUAUAAACGACCACGCAAACACUCCAGGCAAGUGGAACUUCAACUGGGCGCCAUUUGUUAUGAAUAACUUUGUCAUAUAACAACACAUGAAAUUCCCAAUUUGUAGGCGAGACUCCACGCGAGGAAGCGUGUCGUGAACUGUUCGCAACCAUGGCAACGCAUGGUAUACCGAUGCUUCGUAAACAAUUCUCUCAUUCAUUCAUUGAUCUCGUAGCACUCUGGUAGUUAUUAUGCCAAAAAUAUCAAGCUAUACUAGAACUCGAAUCGAACUCCUGUAUAGCCAGGGCUUCCAUCCAGCUGGAAAAUUUAAAACCUUGAAAAGCGAAGUGUUACAAGUGAGCCUUUCAGGCAUCACUCGCUUAAUCAAGAAUCUGCGUCUUAAUAGCUUCGUAGCAAAUUUACCUCGCUCGGGGAGACCGAAAAAGCUGUCUAUGGAAGCAAGAGCUUUCAUAGACCAGCAGAUGCGUAGAAAUGACGAGACGACGAGCGCGGAGAUUCGAAAGAAGCUGGCAAAACGAGGAAUUCUCGUUAAUUCAUCCACGGUGCGAAGAUCGCGAAAGCAGCAAGGCUGAACUCUCUUACUUGCAAAGUAAGUUUUAGAAUCUUCUUUCGCACUCUCCAAACUUCCCGGGUUAAUGACGGGAUUCAAAUUUGUUCAUGUGUGAAUGUAAUCUGCGAAAACUAAAGAAACAUUCGGAUACCAUAUCUGCCAAAAAGGUGUACUGUUCGUAUAAAUCAAAAGCGAUGCGGAAAUUUUACUAUUACAGCAGCAUCUGAUGGCAUUGAUCAGAACAGGCUAAUGUUUUGUCUUUUCUGGUAUAAAACGAAACAUAAAGUCUUUAUUCUUGGUAAGUUAGGCGAGUAUUUCUCAUCGUUUGUAUUCGUGACCUAACUCUAGCGGAGGAACUGUCGUGUAUUUCGUGAACGUUAUAUGAUUAAUAGAUCGCGUACGUCGCAUGGCAAACAGUUGAGUCUAUCCAGCUCGAAAUUUCGACCAGUAGGCAGUAAGGCGAUGCUUUUUAUCGCGAAAUUUCGCUGAACUUUCGCUGAACUUUCGUUUCGAAGCGAAAAUUCGACGAAAUGGCGCUCUUUGUUCAAGGGAAAAUUCGCUCAAAAAGCCUCGAAUUGUCAUUCGAACUUUCGCGAGAACAAAAAAAGAAAUUCGCGCAUUUCGCUUGCGUUAUUUUUGCACAAAACUGUAAAAGGAAAAGGGAGGAGGCAAAGAUGGCCUCCCGAAUAAACAAUCGCGAACUUGUAAUGUUAAUUUCCAUUAGUAAGACCCCUGUGAUGAAAAUGUAAAAAAAUAAAAAAGAAAAUACGAUUGCACUUCCUGGCUAGAUGAAAACAAAUUAUAAUUUCAUCAUGCAAAGUAGGAAUCUUAGCAUGAGAUUCUCAGCCGCUAUUUAGUUUUUAUUUAAAACUGUAAGAACUGUUAAUGGGAGCAAACAUGCUUUCGCCUUUUGUGAUAGCCGUAAAGAAUAAUUAAGCACAUUGGAUGACUGAUAUUAAUUCGUGGCAACAAUUACGAAGCCUGAUAUGGUCACCCAGGGCUUUAAUUAUUACCUGUCUGCUCAUUACAGUUGAAGAGGCAUCAAGAUGCAAAGGACGGUGAUUGCACACAAAAGGAGUGUCCAUACAGAGACUACGGAUGUGAGCAUUGUGUAAGUUUGUUAGCCUGAUUACAUGCUAAAAAGUAAUUAAAUUUAGAUAAAAGCGUUUCGAGAUUGAGCAUCAAUGUUGGAAGUUAUUCUAACCGCCAGUAUAAUGUGGACUAUAUCGGAAAUCAACUUGAGUGCAUUUCAUCUCAUGCCUCAGUAAAGCGCUGGAAUAGUAUGUCCCCUUCACACUUGUUUAUGGUUUUUCAUGCUUAAUGCUUUAGUAGCAUCCCAAAGAAUUCUGGCUGCAAAUUCAGUUCUGCUAAAGAACAUUUAUCCAUUGUUUACUUCAGCCGUUAGUGCUGCUCAAAGAAAACUUGCCCUCAAAAUCUCCUUAUCUCCUUAGACGGCCUCCAUGUCAUCCGCGUCACUGUGAAACAGUGGUAACUGAAAAACUGCCUACUGAGACACUUAUCUCAGGAUACAACUAAGCACUGCCAAACAAGAGACUUCACUUUUCAAGUCACCCACGCCUGAAAACGUAGUGUUUUAGAAGCCUUUUCUUGACAUGUCUCCGUGCUAAAAGCUGGUUUGUCAGUUUUUGGACAAGGGGAAUAGGCGAUGUUUAUCAUGAUGCAGUCUGUUAAUUAAUUUUAAAAUUGUUCCAGGAGAAGAUGGAUCCCAAAGAGUUCAGGGCCCAUUUGGAUGCUGAUGUGGUCCCACACUCGUUGCUUGUGUUGCCACAUCAGAGAGGUAUGAAUGACCAUCGCGUGGAAGCUAACGCGGCUGAGUUAAGUGCCUUGAAAGAAAGUCUCGCUGCAGAUGAAAAGGUUAUUGCAGAACAUGAUUGGGCACUCCAAAGCCACUACCAAGAAAUCCGUCUUCUGAAAGAAGAUAUGGAGAAAUUGAAAAAAUCUCGUGGGUAA